AGCCGUUGCUCUUGCUCCAGCUGGCCAGUGGCCCCCCCCCGUCGCCAGAGAGCGCCCUCGAUGAGGGCGCCACCGGCGCGGACCUGCUGCGAUGGAACGCGGCGCCCUGGAGGCCCUCAGUAACGCCCAGCUGCGGCGGCUCAUCGCGGAGGCGGCGGCCUUACUGGAGGAGAGGGCCUCCGCCGUGACGCCCGCGGCCGCGGGCGUCGCCGCGGGGGCCGCGGUCGAGGCGGCGGAGGCCGCCGCGCUGGAGUUGGAGAGGGCCUCUGCCGCAGCCGCCGCGGAGGAGGCGGCCAUUCUGGAGUCCGCCGCGGGCGGCGCCGCGGGCGCCGCGGCGGGUAGCCCGGACGAGGCGGUCGUGCUGGAGUCGGAGAGGGCCCCUGCCGCAGCCGCCGCGGAGAGGGCGGCCAGUCUGGAGUCGGAGAGGUGCUCCAAGGCGGCCGCCGCCGCCGCGGGAGGCGCUGCGUUCGCCUCGGCGGGCGGCCCGCGGGAGGCGGCCGCGGGCGGCGUGGGGGAGGCCGGCGCCACAGCAGGGAUCGCGGCGGCAGCUUCCAGCAGCGCGUCGGUCGCCCUGGCUCUCGACGGCCCUGCGGCCAACGGCGGCGCCGCCCUAGCGGCCUCGGCAUUCGCCCUCGGCGCUGGCUUUGCUGGGGCCGGGCCAGGGGUGCCACUCGGCUCUGGUGUCGCUAUUGACGAGGCGCCGCCCGCCCCGAUUUUCGCGUCCUUCUCCUCUUACGCUGGUGGUGGGGCCCCCCAGGGCAGCCUUUUUGGAGGCUGCGGUGCCAGCGGCGGUACAUUGGCAGCAGCCAUGCGGACCACCGGAAGUGGUGGCGCGGAUGGGGCCGAGCCGACGCUGGGGCCCAGGCAAGAGGAGGAUCUGCUCAAGGAGGGUGAGGUGGAGGACGAGGAGGAGGAGGAGGAGGUGACGGCCGUACCAGGGUGGGUGCCUUCGAUCCAGUUGGAGGUCAUCGACGGCAUAGCGACUGGUGACGAAGACGAGGACGAGCUGUACAGUCAGCGCUCGAAGCUGUACAGGUUCAAGAACGGCGAGUGGAAGGAGCGUGGGCUGGGGGACGCCAGGCUGCUGAGACACUUCGCCUCGGGGCGGGUCCGCUUCCUCAUGAGGCAGGAGAAGACGGGCAAGAUUGUCGCCAAUCACCACGUGGUCGACGACGGGUCGUGCUGCGACCUCCGCCCCCACACCAGCAGCGACAAGUGCUUGGUCUGGAGCGCCCCGGACUUCGCGGAUGGAGCGCUCGCGGUGGAGAUCUUAGCCCUGAGGUUCAGGACGGCGGAGCUCGCGGGCAGGUUCGGCGAGGCCUGGAGUGCUGCUAAGCGGAACAACGCGGAGGCCGCGGCCGAGGGUUUGGCGGGCGCCGCGGCCGAGGGCGCCGCGCCGUCCACGUGCGCUCGCAGCCUCGGCUCCGCUGGCGGCGGGGCUGAGCCGGGGGCUCCCGUCAGCUCUGCUGGCGACACGGUCGAGGCCGACGCGGAGGCCAGACACGUAGGUGUGCCCGUGGAUCCUCAGGCAGAGGCGGAUGGCUUUGGCCACUGGAAGGCGCCCGCUCCUGCCGCGGGCGGCGCCGGCGAGGGUGCGCCGCCGACCGCGGAGGGGCCGCCCGCCGUCACGGGCGAGCCGCGGGCGCCCGGGCCGGGCGCCGCGGCCGACGGCCUCUUCGCGCCGCCUGCGCGGGGGUCAGGGACGCCCCGGCCGCCUCCAAUCGGAGAGCACCAGCCAUGCGGCUGCACCGAUCCUGGCCAGGCCGUCGCGGCCGAGUCUGGGCAGGCUGCCGUCCUGGCGGGCGGCUUCAGGUGGGCGCCGUCGAUCCUUCUGGAGGUCCUCGGCGGCGACGGCGACGAGGAGCAGCUCUACCGCCAGUACGCCAAGCUUUACAAGCUACAUGGUAGCCAGUGGCAGGACUGUGGCACGGGAGAUGCCAUGCUGCUGCGGCGCUGGUCCUCGGGGCGGAUCCGCUUCCUUAUGCGGCAGGCGAAGACCGCCACCGUCAUGUCGAACCACUACGUGGUCGGCACGCCCUACUGCGACCUCAGUCCCAACGCUGGCAGCGAGAAAUGCUGGGCUGGGUCUGGAGCGCCCCGGACUGUGCAGGCGGCGAGGUCGUGGUGGAGCAGCUGGCGCUGAAGUUCAAGACGGCGGAGCACGCAAGCGAGUUCAGCGUGUUUUGGGACGCCGCCAAGCAGGCCAACGCGGACUCCGUGAGUGUGCGUGAGGGCGGCGGGCCAGCAUUUCAAUGAUCAUAAUGAUGCCGAUGCUGAUGGUGAUGAAGAUGACGACGAUGAUGAC